GUCAUAGAUUCCUUAAUUUAUUCUGACAUAUUGUUGAAUAUGUUUCGUAAUAAAUUCCAAAAAGGAUAUUUAUCGAUCUUAUACAGCUGUGGAGGAGCACCUCUUGAACUCUGGUCUACACAUGUUCAGAACGGAUUUAUAAGAAGAGUUACUGAUCAAGAAAUAAAUUCAUUAGCGUUAGAAAUAGCUGGGACAAAUGUUUCAACAACUUAUAUUUAUACCCCUAAAGAUCCAAAGACAUCAUUAGGAAUUGAGCUUCCUUUUUGCAUCAUGAUUGUAAAAAAUAUGAGAAGAUACUUUACUUUUGAAAUUACAGUCUUAGAUGAUAAACGUAUGCAUAGAAGAUUUCGUCUAAGUAAUUUUCAAAAAUUAGUUACAAUCAGACCCUUCAGUACAACACUACCUUUAUGCUUAAGAGGUGGAUGGGCCCAACUACAAUUUAAUCUUCCAGAUUGUGUAAAAAGAGCAUAUAAAUCUAAUUAUGUAGAAACGACAAGAAUACAAAUUAAUGCCAACUGUCGAAUUCGCCGCAUUUACUUUGCUGACAGAUUAUAUAGUAUGGAUGAAUUGCCGGAAGAAUUUAAAUUAGUUUUGCCUUUACCAAAAUGUGUUCGAGCAGGAGAUAAAAGAAGUAAAGAUAGAACAUCGAAAAAUUUAAAAGAUCAAUUAUCUAAUGGGUCACAACCUCCAUUACUAACUUCUCAACGUACAUCAGUUGAAGUUCUUCCUUUAUCUUCUACGUCAGCCAUAAAAACUGCUGAAGAACAGCCUAAAUUAGAUAUACAUGUUCCCAGUGCAGAUUAUGGAGAAGAAACUGAUAGAGAAAUAGAACAUGAUUCUGAAUUCGAAGAAAGUUUUACAAAAGAUGAAGAGAAAAUAGAUGAACUUAAUGAAGUGACAUCAAUCGAAGAUAAACAAUCCGUGGAUGAUGAAGGAUUUGAUAUUGGUGAUGAACAAAAAUCCGUAGAUAAUGAAGAGGAAUCAUUGAGUAUCGAACAACGUGAAGAAAAUUAUUUCAAUAACUCCGACGAACAAAAUAAUAUUAAGAAAUACGUAGAAUCAUAUUAAAUAAUUUAUCGAGCUUUUGAUAAAAUUUAGUA